AUGGUGGGGAAAUUUGGCAAGAUUUGGAGGAAACUUUCAGAGAAGAAGCCACGCAAGGAGGCCCCGAAUAAGCCAAUUAAUAAUGACAGACAGGAAGCCCCGAGGGACACAUCCUCUCCGCCCGCGGCUCCAGAAGUCACAUUUAAUGGAGAUUUCGAUUCAUUGCGGAGAGCUAUUGCUUCUCCUCUAUUUAAAGCAGAACCAGUGAACGGCGAAAUACCAGCCAUAAAUUUGGGAGAAUGUCCAAAAGAGGAUGAAACAUCAGGUGAUAUUACGAAAGAGUCAACUGAGAAAACAAGAGAGAAUACAGCAUACAAUGUGUCAGAAGAGAAUGCAUCGGACACAGCCAAGUCCGAUAAACAAACAAAUCAAUCUUUAUUGGGAAGCCACCCACCAUGCACACGCAGCAAAGAGGGUUACGGCGAUGAGACUGAGGUUAUAAAAAGGGUUUCAAUCGUCAACAGCGCCACAAUGAGAGUAACCAAAUAUAUCGAGGAUGAGGAAGACGAAGAAGACUUGCUGCCAGUGAUAUUGAAAGAUAUCGCUUCAAACGAAUUGCCUUCUCAUCUUCCCACAGAUGUCACCGCUUCCCAAUCCAUCCGCAUAGUCACACCGAUCCAGGGCGUUUAUCUCGUUUCAUCCCCAACAACACAUAUGAUGAUAACCAGAGCAGAGUCGUCUACGCCCACAACAAAUAUUUUGCUCCUAACGUACAUGGCCUUUCAGCUGGUCAUCGAGCAUAUGGCCUUCAUUCUCGAAUGGAUUAUAGAUAGACCCGUCGGAAUCCCGCUCGGUAGUUGGUUGAGAUACUACAUCGGGCCUCUGAGCUAUUAG